AUUGCAAAUUAAAGCAGGUAAUCUGUAACGAUACCUGUUCAGAGCCUAUUCCAUACUCCCUGGACUGUAACAUAAGCGCUUCUGUUACGAUGAUUUUCCUACGGCUAUUCCUAUACGGGAGAUACUUUCGCAGUAAUAAAUAUAAAUGGAUUCAUAAAUCAAAUUCGGUUUUUAAGAUAUUAAUUGGACUUCGGCUUCUCGACCGCGCUUGAGAGGGCAGCAAAUCGUCGUUAAUGAGGGUUUACUGCACUGUCUAGCUAAGUGUUCAAGGCGCCAACUACACUGGGACCACGCGAUCGCAAUUUGAAUGCGUAGGACAUUGUUAGCGCGCGAUCACUACAACGUCAACUGCUAAUAAAUUCAAUUAGAGGUGGACACAAAAUCAAAGAAAGUGCACAAGUAACAAGUUUUUGGUGUUUUGUCCGAAAAAGAAACAGUAACAGAAAAGGAUAUAUAGUUAGUGCGGAAAAUAAAUCUUUUUGGAGAAGAGUUAUUGGAAACAUAUUAAUUCUUAAACAGGAGAUGGUACGGAGGACGGUGAGGAGCACUGUAGACCAGAUGGUAGUCAUGAUCCCCAUGAUUCUACUGCUGGUCGACACGCCCUGUCACGCUAGACCGAGGCGCAGGUUUUGUGAAUAUUAUCCUUUCGCUCCAAAAUGCCUGGGCGUUGCAGCUAAAAGAAGUCCAUCAAGAUCUGAUAUAUACCAAAGUUUAAUCAACAAAGUUUUAGCAGAAGCUGUGGAGGAAAACUUAUCUAAAGUGAAUACACUGACAUCUACACAACCAGAUUUGUAUGAUGAUAAAACGGCAGCAUUGAGCAAACUAGCCACAAUGGUCCUAGCGGCCGAGAGAAAACAUGAUGCUAGAAAUGCAUUUACGGUGAGUGAAAAACGAGCCACAAUGGUCUUAGCGGCAGAGAGAAAACAUGAUGCUAGAAAUACAUUUACGGACACAGAAGACACGUGGUCACAGCAAUUUGGAGAUUACGAAAGUGGUAGAGGCAUUUAGUAAACCCAUUGAAUAAAAGGGAGACAUCCUUAUGAAAACAGACUACAAUUUACAUUUGAAAAAUUCCUAAACAAUAGAUACUAAGUGUUAUUAAUGAAAACACUAAAUGUAAAUACUUUCGGGUAUAAUUUCAUACUUUGUCCUAGACUAUGUGUUAUCUAUCUUUAGACGUGACCUCAAAAGUAUAAAGUUUUGAUAUUUUGCUUUGUCUUGAUUAAGUUGUAAUAAGAUGUACACCUUUAUUAUAGCUAUGAUAAGAAACGACAGCAAGUAUGCACGAACUAACCUCGUACACAAAUAUUACCCUGAGGAAUAUUUUAGAAAAAAGUGCAAUUUUUAAACAUAAACGACGAAUACCAGUAUCUGUCAUUCACAGACGAAUAGCAAACCUUGCUGUUGAUACUCGACAAAUCCAUUGGAUGGAUGUUAAAAUACUUGGAAUUGGUUGCGCGGAUAAAAAACUGUUAGCAGUAAAAUGUUAACUCAACAUGAUGUAAUUCCUCAAUAUUAAGGAAAAGUUUAAUUUUCGAAAAUCUAAACGACGAAAUAUUAGUCGUUUAUUGUUAUUGUUAAAACGUGUCUCAUGCAUUUGAACUGAUAAUUAGACAAUGCAGAUUUUACUGUUUGUCUUGUCAUAUGUAUUCCAUUAGUAUCAAGAUGUGGUCGGCUAAUGCUAUGAGGACGAUAUGAUUUAAAUGGAAGCAAAAUAAUGUUGAAAGUGAAAAGGGCAGUAUUUCAAUAUGCUGAUUCAAUAUGUUGCAGUUUUACCUCAAAUACAAAGGGAUCAAUAUGCUAAACAUUUAAAGGAAUCAACAUAACAAGUUGUUAAGAAAAACGCUUCUUAGUUUUGGCUGUUAUGAGGAUUGUAAUAAAAUAGCAACACCUUGAAAGCUCUAGGACAUUGGAUUUAUAUGAUAUCAUGUCAUAGAUAAAACAUCAAAAGGACGGUUUACUUCACUGGCUGUCAUGGAUGAACAGAAUCAAUCUGUGUUGAUAUAUGUAUAUACUGUCAGACGAAACAUUUGGAUACAUUUUUUAUUUCGGCACUCGAAUCCAUUUUAGACUAUCUGUAUGACUAGAUAUUUCUGCAAUUUUGUUUAUCAAGUGGCGUCUUUCCUUAAAUUCAACCAAGUAAAGCUGAAUAAACUUCCAAGUCAUCUAACGCCAGAAACAAUUAGUCGUUUGCCAUUAUCAUUUAUAUUGCUUCGGGCAUAUUUUAUUGUAAAAUUAGGCAUACCUUCAGCUAUAUGUAGUCAUUCCGAAAUUGCACAUGUCAGCAAAAUUGUAGGACCUUUAUCAGCCUUGUUAUCUCACAAAAAUACGAAAAAAUAUGUUAAAUUGAAAGACGAGCAAGUUUCUACAUCAGAGAAGAAAAUAUUUACAAACGUUCAAUAUUUCGUCACACUCUUAUUUGAAAAAAGAGAGAUUUGUGAUAUUAGAGCAUAUUGAAUGUUUGAAAACUAAAUAUAAGACUGCAUAAUUUGAUAGCAUAAAGGAUUGUCCAAAACAUAUGUAAAAUUUAAAAUGUAUUAUUUUAAGCGGUUUUAAAGGUUUGGCGGAAUAUCAAGAUUUGCAUCCGAACAUUUAUUUAUUUAUUUUAUCACAUAAUGUGAUGUAAAAUCUAUCUUUGCCUAUACAAAGAUAUGCAUUACAUUUAUCGACGUACAGUAACAAGUUACUGGAGGACUUAAAUAUUUUAUAACAAUGUUAAAAUCUGUUUCAUUGGAAAACAUGUAAACACAAAAUUAUUUAUAUAUAUAUAUUUGAUGAUAUACAUCUUUUGACUAAUCAUAUCAUAGCAAAAUGACAAUUCUGGCUUCAGAUAAUAUAGUCUAUGAUAUUUAUAAAUUUCAUGUAAUACUAUUUCUGUAUAUCUUGAUUACUGAAAUAAAAUUGGGUAAUUACGUUUUCCAA